CUCUCUAAAACCUCUCCUCCUCGAAUGCCGAUGACUCUUGCCAAGAAUUCCCCAGUUUCUGCUGUUAAUCCUCCUUUCUUACGGCUAUCUUUUUAUAUCACUCGCCGUCCAUUUUAUUCUCAGAAGUUAAUCUUUUCUACAAGGGAAAAGAAAGAUCCUUUUGAGAUAAAGCUUAAAUAAUUAGGCUUAUGUAGUUGACUGUCUGUCCCCUAUCUUUGUGCUGUCAUCGGUGGAGAUGCGGUGACGAAAUUGCGCACUUCUUUAAUUUGAAUCUGCUUUUGCAUAUCCUGGAUUUUGCAAAUUGAAUCAUUAUUUCUACAUGCUAGAAAUGGCUAAGAUUCUGGCUUUCUUUUUGUAAAAAGAUCAGCAUCUCCUGUUCUUCAUUUUUUUGGGGCGUGUUAGAUCAUGCAAAUGUUGAUAACUGAUGAGCAUGUGCGUUUCGUAUUGAUGCAUAGAUGGUUGGUAAUUUCUUUGGUCUGAAGUCCCAUUCAUAUGUUGUUGUGGAAGACGGGGAGUGUUGUAUGUUUGACUAAAUUUUGGUUUUGGUUAGCUUGUGAUCAAUGCUGAAAAUACAGGCUGCAUGCUUGAUACUUCGUCAAUUAUGUGUUUGCCAUAUUAUAGCUGGAACGUAGUCGAGAAUAAGGUCUAAUGGAAUGAGUUGAUAGGAGAAUUUUCACAUGGAAAAGAAGGUUUCUAGUUUUCUACUCUUUGAGGCAGAAUGACUUGUUUCCAACUUCCUCAAUAUGUAUCAGUUUUUCAGUGUGCUUGAUUGUAUGGUGACUAUUCUUACAAGCAACUCAAGUGAAUGCUUGUCAGGAGACGAGUGGGCCAGGCAUGGGGGCAUUGUGUAGAAGGGCCAGUAAUCAUAAGCAAGGAGUAUCUUGACAAGGAUCAAUCCUUCUUGAGGUAGAAACAAACAGAGAAGCAGAUUUCCAAAAGAAAACUAUGGAACAACAAUGGAGGCAACUGGAUCCACUUCCUCAUCACAGAACAAAGUGGCUGAACUUACUUCCUUGGCUUUGGAAACAUAUAAAAAGAAGCCUCUUUCUUAUUGGCUUCUAUUGAUUCUCAGCAGCAGUGCAAUGCUUGUGGCAUUCCCUGCUUCAAGCCUCCUGUCCCGUCUUUAUUAUGCCAAUGGUGGCAAGAGCAAGUGGAUAAUUUCCUGGACGGCAGUUGCAGGAUGGCCAUUAACUGCCCUCUUCUUAAUUCCUAUGUAUAUCUGUGGUAAAAUAUCGCCAACUCCUCUUUCCCUUAAGCUCUCUCUUUGGUACAUUCUACUUGGCUUCCUUAGUGCUGCGGACAACCUUAUGUAUGCAUGGGCUUAUGCAUAUCUUCCAGCAUCAACUGCUUCUCUCCUUGCAUCAUCUUCUCUUGUGUUUUCCGCUUUGUUUGGAUAUUUCAUUGUGAAGAAUAAAUUGAACCUCUCUUCUAUAAAUGCUAUUGUUAUUAUCAGUGCUGGUGCAGUCAUUAUAGCCCUGGAUUCAGAAUCAGACAGAUAUGAAGGAAUCACCGACAGACAAUACACCAUGGGGUUCAUCUGGGAUAUUCUAGGGUCAGCUCUCCAUGGUCUGAUCUUUGCACUCUCAGAGCUGGUCUUUGUGAAGAUUUUAGGGAGGAGAUCCUUUCAUGUUGUGCUGGAGCAGCAGGUCAUGGUUUCAUUCGCUGGAUUUGUUUUCACCACAAUAGGACUCAUUGUGAAUAACGACUUCCAAGGGAUGCGGUCAGAAGCAAGCAGCUUCAAGCAUGGGGAAGUGUCAUAUGCCAUGGUGCUUACUUGGGCAGCCAUUACAUUUCAGUUGGGAGUUUUAGGGAGCACAGCUGUUUUAUUUCUGGCUUCGACUGUGUUGGCUGGUGUUCUCAAUGCGGUAAGGGUACCGCUUACCAGCAUCGCAGCAGUUAUUCUGUUCCAUGACCCUAUGAGUGGUUUUAAGAUUCUAUCCUUGAUCAUCACUGUUUGGGGAUUUGGUUCCUACAUUGUCGGAAACUCGUCAUCGAGCAAAGCCACCUAGCAUAGCAUUGGUUUCUAUGCUCUCCAAUGAUCUCUUUAGUGUUGGACAUUGUCUUCUUACAGAGAGAAUAAUUGGAGUGACAUUUUGCAAUCUCUUUUCUAUGUUUUAGACAGUUCCAUUGGAGCACAAAGUAGAUAAAUGCUUGUGGCUUGGUUGACAAACCAAACGGCCUCCUUUUGCUGAUGUGCUUACAGAGGACGUCAGAUGGCAGUGUACAUGGCUUGAGACUGGUAGAAAGCUCCUGGCUCUAAUUGAGCCGAAAGAAAAUAUUUCAAUUUGGUAAGUUCUUCAUAGUUUGAUAGUUUGGAGCAAUAUGUAUGUUUACUGGGUUAUCACUCUGUUCAGUAAUAGGUUUGGUUGCUAUAGCAUACUAGAUUAUUCAACUUGUGGAUUGGACAGGCAAAGCUAAAAAUCUGCUCUUCUUUGUGUACCCCAUCAUGCUCAUCCUUGGCUGCAUAUGUUAUGUCAAUUAUGUUUUUUUU